GUGAGAUCAUGUGUAGUCCAUGCGCGGAAAGUAGGUUAGCAAGAGCUGCGGAGUUGAAAGGAGCUGACACCACGCGUGGGUACACUGCUUCUCGUCCCGCCACUGCAGUCACAACAACGCCUUGAAGACCGCUACAAUCCGACAGAAACUAGUUUAACAUCGGUGCCGUGUCGCCAUUUUUUCCCCCCACCCCGUCUUAAACGCGGGAAGAGGAGCUCGACAAGCCAUAUGAGGAGUUGCUGUUUUGACAGCUCGGAGAAAGCACGCACGCCUUCGCUUCUUGCUCGAUUUUACUUUGUUUCCACGCGGAACUGUAUGAAGACAAGAAGUAUACGCCAGACUUAACCGCCGACAUGAGAGCUCAAAUAGAAGUCAUACCCUGUAAAAUCUGCGGGGACAAAUCAUCAGGGAUUCACUAUGGCGUCAUCACCUGUGAAGGCUGCAAGGGUUUCUUCCGACGCAGCCAGCAGAACAAUGCUAUGUACUCCUGCUCACGACAGAGAAACUGCCUGAUUGAUCGGACCAAUCGGAACCGCUGUCAGCAUUGCCGGCUGCAGAAAUGCCUCGCUCUGGGCAUGAGCCGUGAUGCGGUGAAGUUUGGUCGCAUGUCCAAGAAACAGCGCGACAGCCUGUACGCAGAGGUCCAGAAGCAUCAGCAGUCUCAAGAGUGCGCCGGGAUCGUAGCCCGGGAAGAGAGCGGCGACAUGGGCGACCACACCCGCACCUACAGACGAGUGUCCAGCACCACGCUCAGCGACCUGGAUGACUUCACCACGCUGCCUGACGGCCUGCUUUUUGACCUGCCGCUGACCCCAGAGGAUGCAGGGGGCGACUACGGGAACCUGGACAUGCUGGCCGGCAGCGCAGGUAGCAGCUCAUCUUCGCAAAGCUCACCGGAACAGACCAACUUAGACUUUGUGGACGGCAACCACAACAUCAAACACGAGUACCAGCUGCUGCACGACUCUGGGCUUUUCUCGCAUGCCAUCCUCAAUCCGUUGCCCGAAGGUUGCUCCCUGCUUGAACUCGAGCACAUAACACAGUGCGUGGUGAAGUCCCAUAUAGAGACAUGCCAGUAUUCUACAGAGGAGCUGAAAAAAAUGGCGUGGUCCACGUACGGCCUGGAAGAAACUCGCAUGUACCAAACAAAGUCCGCUGAGGUGAUGUGGCAACAGUGCGCCAUUCACAUCACCAACGCCAUCCAGUAUGUGGUGGAGUUUGCCAAGCGCAUCUCUGGCUUCAUGGACCUGUGUCAGAACGAUCAGAUUAUCCUCCUCAAAGCAGGCUGCAUGGAUGUUCUUCUGAUCCGAAUGUGUCGGGCGUACAACCCCAUCAAUAACACUUUGCUUUUUGACGGACGGUUUGCCCCUGCUCACUUUUUCAAAGCGCUCGGCUGUGACGACCUUGUGACUGCGGUGUUCGACUUGGCAAAAGGCCUGAGUCGUGUCCAGAUGUCUGACGAAGAGAUGGCCCUCUUCACAGCUGCUGUGCUCCUCUCACCAGACCGACCAUGGCUAACAGAUGUGCAUCAGGUCCAGAAGUUGCAGGAGAAGGUGUACGUCGCCCUCCAGCGUUGCCUACAAAAAGGGAGCUCAUCAGAGGAGAAACUAGCCAAGAUGGUUUCCAAACUCCCCAUCAUGAAGUCCAUUUGCAAACUCCACAUUGACAAACUGGAGUUUUUCCGUCUGAUCCACCCCCAGACGGCGUACACCUUCCCCCCGCUGUACAGGGAGGUGUUUGGCAGCGAAAUCACUUUUCCGGACUCUACCGAGGGCUAAGAGGCAUCACGCUAAAGACCAAACGAAACCCAGAGAUUUCCACUCAGAGACUUUCUUUGCGAGGCGCAGGCAGAGGGAGAGAUAAAAAAAAAAAAAACAUGUGACAACAAGCUGGGGCAAAGCAGACGGUCUAUGACAAUCCUGCACGACACACUCCUCUCUCACCUCUGAACUCUCCUCUCUCACCCGCGUGGAGUCGCUCACGGCGCCCCUCGGGCCGCUUCACCUCCGCGGGAAGGGUGCUCGGUACCUCACGUUUGGAGGGCGCGCCAAGACACUAAAUAGUGGCCUAGACAAAUUUGUAUUCUCCAAAUUUAUUUUUCUAAGAUCUUUCUACGAUUACACUUCUCACAGCUCCUGCGAGCUACGGUUGAAUGUACCCCCGCCACCCCUGCCCGUGCCGCUUAAAGCGUUCAGCACAGCCUGUAGGCCCGAUUCCGAAUGUAAAUACUUAAUCCUCACUUACCUCAAAUAUAUAUAUAUAUAUAUUAUUUUUUUUCUUUUCUUUUCUUUUCAAAACACUUCAGUUGUCAGUCUGGUAACAAUCCUUCAUUUUUCACCCAGCAUGGUUUAGCAGUGCCUGCCUUUUCCCAGUUUUGCGGCAUGUGAACAAAGCGUUCAAAGGGACCAUGAUCAAAUUCCCAAGCAGGUUUUCUUUAAUAUAUCUACUUUAUUUGUACCAGCAUACCCUGAAGACGCUGACGUAAGUGGGCUCUUUUUAAUGCAACCAUUACCUCAGUCCCAGUACCCUAUCACUUAGCAUUUGCCACUCGGAUAUUGUGACAAUAUUAUAUUUAUAGCCGUACGAAUGUCUCUCAGGGUGCGUUCACACCUGUCAUGUUUGGUUCAGUUUAAAGGACGAAGCCUGGUGUGUACCAAGCAAGCCGUUUCGGUCCACUUGCAAGUGAACUCUGAUGCGGUGCACUUGAGCACAAAUGUGGACUACGCAAACCAGUGUUAAAAUGACCAAAAAAAAACGUGUUGUAUAAAAGUAUCUUUUAGAAGCUUUUUGUCAAAUCUAAGAUAGUAAAUAUGGCAGAAUAUGAUAGUACGUGUUCAACCCAGCAAAUUUGACUUAUGUCACAAAGGCUACCUAACCGGUUCACUUAGACUUCAUUUGUCAUUCAAAUUUGAACUUUACAGUACAGAUAAGAACGCAAUUUUGUUAUAUUAGGUGCACAGGGUUUGCAUU